CUUACCGGAAGGCUGCGUGGCCUGCUCUCAGCCCUCACCCUUUACGACCAGCAGCCAGCUACAGCUACAACCUGGCAGAGUUCUCGCCCAAUGAAGGCUGGCCGGCUGAAGGAUCGGACUACCAGCACCAUAGCAGCCAUUACCGACCAAUCCCAGCUUCGAUGGAUCGAUAGUAGCAACUGAUGAGAAACAACCUCCAGCCCGAUGGCCGACAAUCAUGUCCUCGCCAAGGUGCACUCCCUCAGCGAUGUCGAGCUGGCCUGCCUGCUCUCCCUCAUCAGCGACGAGCACUGCAUGAUCAGCACGCCGCCUGGCUGCCUUGACGAGCUCGUUGACGAGCUGCAGCUCGUGUCAGAGCACACGUUUGGCCUCCGGUCAGCCGUGGUCGAUUGCACACCGCACACCACCCUCGAGGACUUCGCCAGCUCUCUCCUCCUCCAUCCUCAUCCGCCCUCGCCGGCCACCACACGGUCCUUCUCUCCGUACCUUGCCCGCUCGGCCCACGAUUCCUACUUUCCAAGCAGUCAUGCUCCCAACCAGCAUAACCCGAUCUUUCCUCUGACACCGGUCUCGCCGACCUCGCCGACCUCUGGUGGCCCGCUACACUCUCAGAUCGCCAACGUUGUGCUGGCCAAAAAUCUCGACCAGGCUCCCAAGGCCGUCCAAAUCCAGGCGCUCGAGCUGCUCCGAACCCAUCGCAUCUUCACGAGAACAUCGGUCCAGACAGCACCCAAGACUUUCAUGCUGGUGGCUGUACUUGGUGCGGAGAGCGGCGGCGAGGCCAGGGUUACACCGCAUCUGAACGACUUCUUCUACGUGGCUCAUUGGGUUGAUCCGGAUUCGGAGGGUUUUGCACACCUAUACGGAGACGACGGGUCUUCGCUGGCCUCUUCGGAGCUGAAGGCGGGAGGCAGAACCGACGACGACGACGAUGUCAGCAUAGCGAGCGCGGAAAGUGUCGUCAAGCGUCGCACGACUCUGCCCCGGCCGCCCAUCUUCUCCAGUACCGACCUCACCCAGCUACGGCAGCUCUCCCACCACGUGUCUGUCGACAUUGAUGUUACCCGAUACCAGAUGAAUAUUGUCUCCUUCUUACGGAUGCAUCGUGCCGUGGCUAGCGGGGUCACGCCCCAGGCGACGCGCCAUUUCGAGACGCUCAUGAAGAGCCUCGCGCCCCUGCACGGCGUGGACUAUGUCACACCUGCGCUAGUGUGUCUCGCGGCCAGGAAAGUUUACCUUCACCGCAUCAAGAUGGUUGAGCCAGGACGUGAGAGGAGUAUGCAGUGGGGAAGUGACCUGAAUGCUGUUGAGAGGCUGCUCGAGGGCUGGGGCCCGGAAGAUGUCGUGGAAGAUGUGCUGCAGUCAGUAGGCGUGCCAGUGUAACGAGCACGACCGCCAUCCUAAUUAUGUUUAGGAAACGAAGCCUGCCCGUCAGGCCUACGCAUUACUAUUACCGAGAUACCCAUUGCAGUUUGAGAGAAGAAAAUACUAUACAUAUACACAG